CUCUGGAGACCUUCAGAAAUCAAUACUAUCAGUAUUCCAAGUCUACUCGUUAGAAAAAUGGUUUUUUAUGCCCAUAAGAUAGGUUUGCUAAAAUUAGUUAAAUGUCAUAAUAAAAAGAAUCUAGUUAUAUCAGGAAAUAAUCUUCAUAACCCUUAUUUUUUGUUUAUUGAUUAACCAGAUGCCAAAGCAUUUUAAUACUCUAACCUUACUUUUAACAACUAAAAGUAAUACAUAAUAGGAUAAAAUAUAAAAACUAAUAGUUACACUACAAUUUGUAGCAAUAAUAUUGAAGGUCAUAUACAUUACAGCGAGAAAAGAAAACUGUUGUUUUAAAAACAGAAUGGGAACAAAGUUGGCUUCAUAUACAUUAAAGUUGGCUUCACUUCAUGAAUACUAUCAACGACUUUUGCAUGGAAAUCAGCCAAUUCCAACUGGUGCUGAUAUAGCAAGUACCAUUAAGUAUUUUCAGCAGUCCCUUUUAUUACUACGGUGUCAAUACCAUCCUGAUUGUUCGUAAAUACAUUCAUCAUAAUAAAAA